UACUCUCCCAAGUUCCCAACUCCCAACCCACUAUUGUUCACCUCCACCUCCAACAUGCCACCUCCAACCCCCACCCUGUUGCCCUCCCUUGCUCUCUUCAUCCUCUUCAUCUUCUCCUCGUCCACCACCUCGAAUGCACACAAUAUCACACGUAUCCUCGCCAAACACCCUGAAUUCUCCACCUUCAACCACUACCUCACCACCACUCACCUGGCUUCAGAGAUCAACCGGCGGCAAACCAUAACUGUUCUAGCCCUGGACAAUGCUGCCAUGUCAGCUCUCUUGGACAAACAACUAUCCCUCUACACUCUCAAGAAUGUCCUCUCUCUCCAUGUUCUUGUCGACUACUUUGGAUCCAAGAAGCUUCACCAGAUUACCAAUGGAACAGCUUUGACUUCUACCAUGUUCCAGGCUACUGGUGCUGCUCCAGGUUCCUCAGGGUACAUCAACAUCACUGAUCUUAAAGGUGGAAAAGUAGGGUUCGGGGCCGAAGAUAACGAUGGAAAACUUGAUGCUGUCUAUGUAAAAUCCGUAGCAGAGAUUCCUUACAAUAUCUCUGUCUUACAAAUUAGUCAGGUUUUGAAUUCAGCUGAAGCUGAAGCACCAACCGCAGAGCCAAGCCAGCUUAAUCUGACAGAAAUAAUGUCAAAGCAAGGCUGCAAAGCCUUUGGUGACAUGCUGAAGGCUUCGGGAGCUGAUGCAACAUUUAACGAAAACAUUGAUGGAGGUUUAACAGUGUUUUGCCCGACUGACCCUGUUAUCAAAGGAUUCAUGCCCAAAUACGAGAAUUUGACAGCAGCCCAGAAAGUGUCUCUGCUGUUGUACCAUGGAAUUCCUGAGUAUCAGUCCAUGCAAACGCUGAAAUCCAGCAAUGGAAUUGUGAACACGUUGGCAACAGAUGGAGCAAACAAGUAUGAUUUCACCGUGCAAAACGACGGCGAGGUCGUGACUUUGAAGACUAAGGUUAUGACGGCAAAGAUUACAGGGACAUUGAAGGAUGAAGAGCCAUUGAUUGUGUUCAAAAUUGAUAAGGUGUUGUUGCCUAGGGAGUUGUUCAAGACAGUGGAAGCGGCAGAGGCACCAAAGGCUUCCAAAUCCAAGCACAAGGCUGCAGAUGCACCAGAAUCCGAUGCGCCGGCAGAGAGUGACCCAGCUGAUCAGUCGGCUGAUAAUGAAAAUGGGGUUGCGGGAUUGGACGGUAGGAGAUUAGUGAUGGUGUUGUUGAGCUUCUGCAUUGGAGUGUUGUUGAUGUGAAUAUAGUGAGUACAGAUGUAUUCAGAUUGAUACAAAAGCAUUAAAGAAUACAUUUUAGGCCGCAGGGCACGGGCAAUGGGGUCGUUAUUCAUGUAAGAGAUAUGAAAUUUGCUUCUCUUUUCCUUUUUCCUUUUGUUUUCUUCCCUCUAUUUCUCUGGUGUCUUGAGAGCAGAAGAGCAAUAAGUGAUCAGCCCCACUUGCAUGAGUCAUUUUCUUUAUUCUUUUGCCUGUUUGUCAUUAUUUGCUUGUAUAGAAUAAGAGCAUAAUGCAUUUUCUUAGAGCUGUAAAUGCAAUAUUCUUUUCUUCUUAUUUGAAUUUUUAAUUUCCUUA